GGGCGGCGGCGGGGCUUGCUGCGGGGCUUAAGGGCGGGCCGUCGCGGCAAUCCCCGGCCCGGCGGUACUCGCGGAGGCUGGCUCCGGCAAGAGAAAGGGAGGGGAGGCGUGGAGGCUAGGAGCGGGAAGGACAGGGGAGCGGCUGGCCUCGUCUCCUCUCGGGUCGUCGUCGUCGCCGCCACCACCACCACCACCGGCGGCGGCGGAUAGGCUGCGACUUGCGAUGGCAAUGGAGGGGCGGGCCCUGGAUUCCGCGUUCCACGAGUUCAGAGUAGACUACGAGCUAGCCAAGCAACUCGCCGUCGGCGUCGCCGUCCACUCCGAUGCCUUCUCCGCCGGUGGCCACAUGUGGAGGGUACAGCUCUACCCGCGCGGGAUCAGUGAGUCGGACAAUGGCCAGUAUCUCUCCAUCUUCUUUGAGCUUCUGAACAGAUCCAUGACCACAAGAGUCAACUGUAUCUUCGAGGCCUUCUUGAUGGACAAGGCUGGACGGCCGCGUUCCAUAGCUCGAAUGAGGUCGGAGUCCGACGGAGGCUAUGGGUGGAGUCGGUUCAUUUCAGUGGCUGAUCUGGAGGAAAAUCAUGUGAACGAGGGAAUCAUCCGCCUUGUAUGCGGCAUCGCGGUGGUAUCUGACAGUUCUAUUCCAGUGCCGCCUUCAGACAUUAGGAAACAUCUGGGCACGCUGCUGGGUAACACCGACGGGACAGAUGUCUCAUUCAUCGUUCAUGGCCAGACUUUCCAUGCACACCGCGCAGUGCUUGCCGCCCGCUCACCGGUCUUCAGGGCAGAGCUCCUUGGAUCCAUGGCUGAGGCUACAAUGUCAUCCAUCACCCUGCAAGGGAUAGCUCCAGAAACAUUCAAACUCAUGCUUCAAUUCAUCUACACAGAUACCUUGCCUGAGGAUGAUGAGCUUGGUGACAUAGAAAUGAGAAUGAAGAUGCUUGCACGAAUUCUUGUUGCAGCUGACCGGUAUGCAUUAGGCCGGUUGAAGCUUCUUUGUGCCAAGAGGUUGUGGGAUAAUAUGACAGCUGGUAUGGUUGCAACGACCUUAUCUUUGGCUGAUAUGCAUAACUGCCCAGAAUUGAAGAAGAAGUGCCUUGACUACAUAGUGGCAGGCGAGCAUCGCGGUCGUGUCUUCUUAACCAAAGGUUACAUUGAAUUUGCUGUGAAGUACCCACACCUUCUUGCUGAGCUGCGACAGAAGCUUGGGGCAUGAUACAAUCCCAUCCCAUAUGGACCAUAUAUGUAGUUUAGCGAUCAAGCAGCGUAGCUUUAGUAUGGUGUUCAGCUAUUUUGGUGACUGUAGUCUGAAAUAUACUUUAAGCAUUUGAAGUCGUGAACUCACUUUCUCAUACUAUUGAACUAAGUUCCUGCUAGUGAUACUGAUAAGUGAAGUGAGGUGGAUGAUGUUGUCAUAACACUCACUCAGUCUAGAUGGCAUGGUUAUUGAGACAAAUUUAUAUAUAGUCUAAUUGUGCUUUGAUCCA